AGCUUCUUCACGUAAUCGGUCUGCGCGCCCCGCGGGCGCCCGGCGAUCCACGGGUAGAGCGGGCCGCUGUGGGGGCUCUGGGAAUGAGUGGUUGAGGGACAUGAUGGGGGAGGCGGCCGUGGCCGCAGGGCCUUGCCCGCUGCGCGAGGACAGCUUCACACGCUUCUCGUCGCAGAGCAAUGUGUAUGGGCUGGCAGGAGGCGCGGGCGGGCGCGGGGAGCUGCUGGCCGCCACCCUUAAAGGCAAGGUGCUAGGCUUCCGCUACCAAGACCUCCGACAGAAAAUCCGGCCCGUGGCCAAGGAGCUGCAGUUCAAUUACAUUCCCGUGGAUGCAGAGAUUGUCUCCAUUGACACCUUCAACAAGUCACCCCCAAAGCGGGGUCUGGUUGUGGGGAUCACGUUCAUUAAGGAUUCUGGAGACAAGGGCAGCCCCUUCCUUAACAUUUACUGUGACUACGAGCCUGGCUCUGAGUACAACCUGGACUCCAUUGCCCAGAGCUGCCUAAACCUGGAGCUCCAGUUCACUCCUUUCCAACUAUGCCACGCAGAGGUCCAGGUCGGGGAUCAACUGGAGACCGUGUUUCUCCUGAGUGGGAAUGACCCAGCCAUUCAUCUGUACAAGGAGAACGAGGGACUGCAUCAGUUUGAAGAACAGCCUGUGGAAAACCUCUUCCCAGAGCUCACAAACCUGACCAGUAGCGUCCUGUGGCUUGACGUGCACAACCUGACCGGGACAUCCCGGCGAAUCUCAGCUCUGGGCUGUCAGAGCGGUUACGUCCGCGUCGCCCACGUGGACCAGCAGAGUCGCGGUGAUGACGGGGCGGGGCUCGGACAUGAGGUCCUGCAGACAUGGACCAUCCUUCAGGACGGCCCCAUUUCCCGAGUGAUCGUGUUCAGCCUUUCGGCCCCCGAGGAGACGGAGGACAGGCCACAGCGGGAGGAAUACAGCGUGCUGGUGGCCAGCAUGUUGGAGCCGGCAGUGGUAUACCGGGACCUGCUGAGCCGGGGGCUCGAAGACCAGCUUCUCCUGCCAGGCAGCGACCAGUUUGACAGUGUUCUCUGUGGCCUGGUCACCGACAUUGAUCUGGACGGGCGGCCGGAAGUGCUGGUGGCCACCUAUGGACAGGAGCUGCUCUGUUACAAGUACUGCGGCCCCGGGCGCGGGCUCCCCGGGGACCAGCGUGGCUUCCGCUUGCUGUGGCGGCGGGGCUUCUCCAGCCCCCUGCUGGCCAUGGCACACGUGGACCUGACUGGGGACGGGCUGCGCGAGCUGGCCGUGGUCUCCCUGAAGGGCGUGCACAUCCUGCAGCACAGCCUGAUCCAGGCCUCAGAGCUGGUCCUGACCCGGCUUCGGCGUCAAGUGGAGCAGAGGAGACGUCAGCCACAGAAGCUGGGGGACAGGGUGGGUUCCGGGCCCGUGGAGACCCCAGCUUCCUGAGCGCCCACUCGCCGCCCACCCCAGGUCUGCGGUAGUGCCUUGGAGCACUUGCCUUCAUGGUGGGGGAAACAUCCUGAAGGAGGGGCUGGUCCCCCCAGACCCACCCCUGGGGUGAUGGAGCCGUGGGUCCUGCUCUGGCCCUACCCCCACAUGCCCUGUGACCCACACUCCCUUCUCUGUGCCUCCGUGUUCCCAUCUGAAAAUGGGACGAUCUCACCCUCCAUGAGAAUCGGUCACUGGCAAUGAUUUCUAUAUCCAGAGGAACCAAACUCA